AUGAUUUUAGAUUUUCCUGAUAAUCUAAAUUCUAGUCAAUAAAUAAUGCCAGAGAAAUAAACAAAAGAUUGGCAUUCUGAAUUGAAGUUUUUGCAUUAUUUUCCAAAAAGUAAAUGUUUUGGAAAAGAAGAGCAAGAAAUCACCAGAAAUAUUAAAAAUAUUGAAAUGCAUUAUAAAGUAUUAAUUUUUAUUUAAAAAGCAAAAAGUAUAAGAAAUGGUAUCAUAAAUAUUAACAGACGAAUAAGGAACAUUAAAUAUAAUACCAAAAAAAGCAAAUAUAGAUUUAAAAAGAGCAAUCUAACCUAAAUUAGAUAAAUUAAAGAAAAAAACAGAAAGAUCAAUAGUAGAAAUAUUGAGUAUAUAUUUGAUAUCAUUUAAAGAUGAAAGAUUUUUUAAAAAAGAAGAUGAAAAAAAAGAAGAAGUCAUUGAACCAUAAAAUACAGCUACUAUUCAACCAAUAAAAGAAAUAAUUAAUGUUUAUGAUAAAGAAAUUGAUUUAGAUGAUGAAGAUUAUGAUGAUGAUUAUGAAACAUUAUGA